UCUCUUUAACUGACCGCUAUUCAGCACGAAGAUGAGCUCAAUAGACGAAAGGAAGAUUUGGAAACACUGGGCUUACCUUAAGAAUGAACUUCCAGCAGAUGAAAUUGUGGACGGAAUGGUCGAAGCUGGCAUAUUCGCCCCAAACCAAGGAAGGGAUAUUUUAAGUGUUCAGCCAAACACAAGGCAGAUGAAAGCUGAAAAAUUUCUAAACAACCUGAUAAAUGCCGGGGAUAAAGGAUUUGAGACGUUUUGUAACAUCAUGCGACGUGACAACGAGAACCGAUACAAAGCUAUCAUGGAAAGGUUGGAGAUAAGCGACAACUCGGGAGGGGGAGCUGGUGGAGGGGGUGCUUCAAACGCCAUGCAUGUCAGACCCGCAAAUACAGGAGCUCCCUCAUUGCGGCCAGACUCCGGUAUGUCAGGAUCUCAGAGGCCUAUCUCCAGCAUGUCUUCUGCCAGUACAGAUAUCAGCAUGCCGAGCAGGGAUGGCGAAACAGGCGAAAAGAACCAACGAAGAGGUAAAUCGGCCGCUCGUCGUGCAUGGCGGUCCGAGUCGUCCGCCAGUGAAUCGUUCCCACCAACCAACCAAGUACCACCAAAUAAUGCAAUUGCUCCAUACGGGGGAAUAGCUAGGGCACCAAGCACAGGAGAAGCAAUAAUCACACAAUCGAGAAACUCGGAUUACGAGGGACGUUCGGAUAUGGCAUCAGCUUCCGGAGGCCAUUCCUCCGGUGCAACUGGCUCUGAUAAAAAUACACAAGGAGCAUCCGCUGAAACACCUGGUGUUGACAUGAAAGCGCUGGAACAGGAACUAGUACGCAUCGCGCCAACUAUUGCAGAACUUUUCCAAAAAUUUGCAAAGACAACAUGCAAAGAACCUGUGAGUGAAGAAGAAAUUCAAAACGUUAAGGCAGAAAAUGAACGUCUGAGGAAAACUAACCGUGCACUCAUUGAAAAACUGAACUCGUUUCAGCACAGGAUCAUACAACUUCAGUUGGAGAACAAAAAGCUCAGGGAAGAAGGAGAAGGUGUGAUGGAAGCUAAGGAUGAACUAGACCGGAAAGAGUUUGAACUGAAGGAUCUGGAAAAGAGACUUGAAGAGCAAAAACAGGCGUUGGAAGAGAAGGAGAUGGAACUUAACAACCAGCUGAUGAAAAUACAGGAUAUCGAAAACGAUAUCGCCAGACAGAAGGAACAAAAGAAAUUGGAGACUCUACAUGAGGAAGGACAACUAGACAAUGAACGGCAACAAGAGGAAAUCUUAAUACUUAGAGAGGACAAGAAGAAGCAACAACAGCAGAUACUGAAGCUGGAAUUCAAACAGAGAGUUGGGGAAGAACGCCUGCAGAGCCUGGAUGCUAGAAUGAGACAGCUAGAACAGCCCAAAAGAAACUUCAGGAGAAGCGAUCCUUCAAAGAUAAAGCCUAGACGGCCAUUAGGAAUGUUUUAUAACUGACAAAUCUGGCAAUAUUGUUAUGAAUAUUUAAUGGUGGUAUUCAUAAUGGAAAGUGGUUUGGUUCUAUACCAUAAUUUUAUUGUGAGAUAGUCACCUGCUUAUAUUUACGGGGUCUACUCAAAGAACUUGGCACAAGAUGGUUUCGUCAUAAUAUGGAAAUGACUACUAUGUUCUACCUUGAACUAAUGGAAACCGGUGUAGAUCUUUCUAGAAUCAAGAACACAGGUUAGGAAUUACCAAGGCCAUGUAAAAUUUAACGCUGCAACCUUGAAGACUUUGAUUAUCACCCAUGUUUCUCACUUCAUCAUUGUUACAUGCAACCAGUAUGAAAGGAAUGUCUACGGUUGAAUAAUUAUAUGUAGAUCUUCAGCCACUAAACGUUCAUGUUUUCAAUAAUGUUUUAUUUAUAUAUACGGUAGAUAUAUUUUAUAUAAUAGUGAAGUGAUAAUCUGAAAGGAUAUCACCAUA